AUGGGGGAGGACUAUUCCUACUCCGCUUCCUUCUCGUACCUCUACUCCUUCUACGACUACAACUCCAGCGCUUUUGGGACUGAGCCCGAGGUAGGGGUUCACACCGUGUUGGUGCCCAUCAUCUUUGGGAUCAUUACCAUCGUGGGUCUGGUCGGCAAUGUCUGUGUCGUGGUCGUCAUCGCCCGCAAUCGUUCCAUGAGGACCGUCACCAAUUUCUUCAUUAUGAAUAACGCCAUCACGGAUAUGGUGUUUAUCGUCAUCUGUGCGCCCAUCACUGCGUCCCAGUUCAUCCUGACAGACUGGAUUUAUGGAGAUUUCCUCUGCAAAACCGUGGCCUUCAUGCACCUGGCUGGGGAAAGCUAA